GCGCCGGUCAGACACAACUCUAAUUCAGACCUUUGUACCAGAACUACUCGCGAAGAUGGUUGAAGUCGCACCUACCGCAGCUGCUGCCGCCGCACCGGCCAAAGCAACGAAGAAGAAGACGGCAGCCAAGCCGAAGAAGGUCGGACCCAGUGUCGGCGAGCUGAUCGUCGAGGCUGUGUCUGCUUCCAAAGAGCGCAGCGGAGUUUCCCUGCCCGCACUGAAGAAGUCCUUAGCCGCUGCCGGCUAUGACGUGGAGAAGAACAACUCCCGUGUCAAGGUCGCCGUGAAGAGCUUAGUGGCAAAGGGUACUCUGAUCCAGACCAAGGGCACCGGAGCGUCCGGUUCCUUCAAAGUCAGCAAGGAGGCGAAGAAGCCAGCCGCUAAGAAGGCUGCUGCACCUAAAGUGAAGAAGCCCGCAGUCAAGAAACCUGCUGCCGCUAAGAAGUCUACCCCAAAGAAAGCCAAGAAGCCCGCUGCUAAGAAGCCUGUGUCGGCUAAGAAGGCGACCCCGAAAAAGGUAAAGAAGCCAGUUGCUGCCAAGAAGGCACCGGCCAAGAGCCCGAAGAAGGUCGCCAAGAGCCCUAAGAGGGCAGCAAAGCCCGUGCCUAAGAAGUCUCCUGCAAAGAAGGCAGCCAAGCCCAAGAUCGCCAAGAAGGCGGCAUCCAAGAAGAAGUAGAUCACCCAAGUGUUCCAUCAAAAAGGCUCUUUUAAGAGCCAAC